CGUACGGGAGUACGGGAGCAAAAGGAACAAUGUCUUUCACGGAAACGUCGGAUACCUAUGUCUGCAUUGCAAAGUACAUUAUGGUGUGUGGUGCUUACCAAAGAACAUAAAAUACCAAUCACAACUUUUAAAUUGCACGAACAGCUUUCAAGAAAUGUGUAGAAUAAGUAAAUUUAAGCAUGAAUCCACAACACCAGCUACAGAUCCAAUUCCUCGUGAAAAAUCGGCUACAGAAGCAAAGAAACAAAUUCAAAAACAGGAAAGUUACAAAUUAAAUGAAAAUGCUUUGGUUCAUAAAAUUCAUCCAAAUGAUCGCCCACUACGUAACAACGUGCCAGAACGAGAAAAGUGUGCUGAACUGGAUGAUAUAUUGGCAAAGUGGAAUGUUUAUAAACCAAAGAAGUGAUAUUGCAUGAGACAUCUUAUAUGAAUAAUCGUCAAUCCUUACGAGUUAAAUUUUAUAUCCACAUAAUUUCUUAAUUCAAAAUUUGUACGAAUGUAAAAUGCAUAAAUAACAUAAAUUAUGUAAAUUGUAACAAUUAUAAGUAUUAGAUAUUACAAUUUGUGUAGAUCUCAUAAUCAGAAAAAUAUUUAAAAAUUCCCAGCAAGUA